AGAAAUCCAGAAGAAGCAGCAGCAGCAGCCUUUGGAGCGAGUGUUUCUGAAAGUGCGUGCUGAGCGGCUCAUCCCAAGCAACUACAUCGAGAUAGCUGAGCUGGUGUGCAGGUAUUCUUAUUAAAGCGGAAGGUAAGUAUAUGUAUGCGUGUAUUAGUGUAUGCGUUUUUUCCCUUCAACAGAUUCAGAUUGAAAAGAGCAACUUUUUGUCUUAGUGUUUAUCCCCCGCUGUCGUGGCGAUUUCCAUCCGUCCCAAGAAGGGUACUCACCUUCUGAAAUCAUCUCCUCUCACAAUUUUUGGAGGAAUUUCAUGAAUCUUGGCAGAAUUCUUUGUUAUACAUCAGUAAUACACAUAUUGUAAUUUCGUUAAUUUGGGUCACAUUUUACCAGAGUUACAGCCCUUGAUUAACAAAAUUAUGCGUUGACAAUUCAUGAGAGUAUGCUUUCCUUCUGAAAUCAACUUCUCUCUCAAUUUUCAGAGGAAUUUCACGAAACUUGGCAAAAGGCUUUGUUAUAUGUCUGUAGUACGCAUAUUGUUAUUUUGUUCAAUUCGGUCGCAUUUUUACCAGAGUUGUGGCCCUUGAGUAACAAGCUUGUACUUUCACAAUUUCAGGAAGGUGUGCUUGCCUUCUGACAUCAACUCCUCUCACAAUUUUUGGACGAAUUUCUCAAAGCUUGGCAAAAGGCCUUGUUAUAUGACAGAAAUACGCAUAUUGCGAUUUAAGUUCAUUUGAACCUUGAUUAAAUAACUUGUACUUUGACAAUUUCAUGAGGGUGUAUGUUCUUCUGAAAUCAACUCCUCUCACAAUUUUUGUAGGAAUUUCACCAAACUUGACAAAAGGCUUUGUUAUAUGACAGUUAUACACAUUGAAAUUUCAUUUAAUUUGGGCAAAUUUUACCAGAGUUAUACCCUUGAUUAUUAACAAACUUGUACUUUAGCAAUUUCAUCAAGGUGUGCUUCCUUUCUGAAAUCAACCUCCCUCACAAUUUUUGGAGGAAUUUAAUAUAAUUUGGCAAGUCUUUAUCUCCCGCUGGCUGAAAGGCCUGAAGGGGGAUUAUGCCAUGGCAAUGUCAGUCCAUCCGUUUGUCCAUCUGUCCAUCCCGGGAAGGGUACUCACCUUCUGAAAUCAACUCCUCUCACAAUUUUUGGAGGAAUUUCACGAAACUUGGCAGGAUUCUUUAUAUGUUGGUAAUACGCAUAUUGCAAUUUCGUUCAAUUCAGUUGCAUUUUACCAGAGUUGGGGCAUAGUUGCCAGCGGGGGAUAUUGUGCUCUAAGAGCAGUCUUGUUUAUUGUUGAUAUGGCUGUUCAUGGAUUCAUGUCACUAAUCAGGAACCAUCAUGGUGAAGAAGUUGCUUGUAGACGUAGACUGUGGAGUGGAUGAUGCCCAAGCUAUUAUGAUGGCUCUGGCUGUGCCAGAUGUGCAGAUCCUUGGUAUCACCUGCAUUCAAGGCAACACCUCCGUAGAGAAUGUGUGCAAAAAUGUCCUGCGCAUCCUGAAAGUUUGUGACCGGAUGGAGAUUCCUGUAUUCAGAGGGGCAUCAAAGCCACUUCUUGGGCAUGUUCUAAGUGGUUCACUGUUUCAUGGAAAUGAUGGGCUUGGUGAUGCUCCAGACCCAAACGCUCCUGGUCUGGAACUAGUACAAGAGGAGGGAGCCGUGUCAGCCAUUAUCCGCAUCAUUAAUGAGCAUCAAGGAGAAGUAUCUAUAGUGGCCACAGGUCCUUUGACAAACCUAGCACUGGCAGUAAGGUUAGAUCCUACCUUACCACAGAAGCUGAAAAGCCUGUACAUCAUGGGAGGCAACACUGAUUCUAGGGGGAAUGUUACUUUAUGUGGAGAAUUCAACUUUGCAGCAGAUCCUGAAGCAGCGUACAUUGUACUGAAUGACUACCUGUGCCCAACUUACAUCGCCUGUUGGGAGUUCACUUGUCACAGCAAAUUGCCCUGGGAGUUCUGUGAUGCUUGGCUGGCUCAGGACACUGAUAAAGCUCGCUUCAUGAAGAAGAUCUUCCAGUACAGCAUGGAUGUGUGUAACACUGAGAGGUUUGAAAAAGAGUUUGUAGCAGGAGCAGGAUUUAUUUCUUGUGAUUCUUAUGCGAUGGCAGCUGCCAUCGAUGACACAUUCAUCAUUGAGAGUGACCAUAAGGCAGCGACUGUUGAGCUCACAGGUAAACAGACCAGGGGAAUGAUGGUGGUAGAUCAUCUUGAGAUGCUGAAAUCGGCUCAUAAACUUCACAUUAUGAGGAAGGUGGACUUAGGAAAGUUCAAGGAGCUAUUGAUGAAUGCAUUGAAGUGAGAUUUUUUUUUUUUUAUCAGGAUCACAAGUGCAAUUGUUGUAACUGAACCAAUGAAACAGAUCUUAUGCUCGUGAUUUCUUAAAAAAAAAGCUACUUUUAAAUUCUUGAACAAAAAUUGUAAUGUUUUGUUAGUAUGAAUUAUGCAUGGACAGCAGUCUUUGAGGUUUUUUUUAAUAAUUCAACAAUUUGUUCAUGUGAAUUUUUUUUCCACACAUUCCCACUGUUACUCCCCACAGCAAUGAAAAAGAAAUCUAUACAUGCAACUAUGUAGGUGCUGUUAAUAAAAAAAAAAACUACAAAA